AUGUAUAUAUCUAAAGAAAUUUCUACUAUAUUUGAUUCGGAGAUCCACAAAACAGGAGCAGAUCCUGCUCUCUUUAGAGCUGUUAAGUAUGGGAUAAUUGAAAUAGUUGUUGAGAUAAUUAAAGCUAAUCCCAUCUUUUUGACUCACCAAUAUUUUAAAAAGGACAUGAUUCAAACUGCGAUAUGUUUACGGCAAGAGAAAGUUUUCAACCUCAUAUAUGGAGCUGGUAAAUGGAAGUAUUUGAUGAUUUCUGGAUUGGACAAGCACAAUAAUAACAUAUUACAUCUUGCAGCCAAGUUAGCACCUCCAAAUCGACUAGCUCAGAUAUCAGGUGCAGCUUUGCAAACGCAAAAAGAGCUACAAUGGUAUAAGGAAGUGGAAAGCAUUGUAGACCCUUCAUACAAAUUAGAUUUAAACCAUGAUGGUGAAAAACCAAGUGAAUUGUUUACUAAUAGCCAUAAGCAGUUGAUGGAAGAAGCAGAGAAAUGGACAAAGGGGAUUGCACAUUCUUCCACCGUUGUGGGUGCUCUUAUCAUUACGAUUAUGUUUACUGCUGCAUUUACUGUUCCCGGAGGUAAUACUCAAGAUAGUGGAUAUCCAAUAUUCUUACAUAAAAAGGCAUUUAAAGUUUUCAUAACAGCUGAUGCGGUUUCUCUAUUUGCGGCCUCUACUUCGGUAUUAACAUUCUUAGGAGUCUUGACUUCACGUUAUGCAGAAGAGGAUUUCCUCGAGUCAUUGCCUAGAAAGUUAAUCAUUGGUCUUUCGACUCUUUUCUUCUCCAUUGCAGGCAUGAUGAUAGCCUUUUGUGCUACUCUUAUAAUAAUGCUUGAUGGAGAUUUGAAACUUAUCAUUCCUACUGUUUUGUUGGCUAGUGUUCCAGUUGCAGUUUUCAUAUUUUUGCAAUUUCCUCUCCUUGUUGAUAUUUUCAUAUCCACAUAUGGACCAGGCAUGUUUGAUAGAAAAACGAAAUAUCUGUUCGAAAAAGAUCCUAGCUUUGCAUAG